AUGAUUGUAGGUGACGUAGGUUUUUUUUCUGAUGAUAAUAAUCGGGAGGCGACAGAUAAUAUAUCGCAUUCUGUUGUGAGGAAUUCUUCUUCUGACGAUAAUAAUAGGGGGGCUACAGAUAAUAAAUCGCAUUCUGUUGUGAGGAAUUCUUCUUCUGAUGAUAAUAACAGGGGGGCUACAGAUAAUAAAUUGCAUUCUGUUGUGAGGAAUUCUUCUUCUGAUGAUAACAGUACGGCGAUGAUAAGGAACAGCAGCGUUAAGUCGCCUUGGCUUAUGCUCCCCCCCUCAGUGGAAUGCGGCAACAUGUUGUAUAAUUUCUACAAUUUGGCAGAAUCCAAAAUAGAGAGAUUAAGAUCAACAUUGGAAGUAGACGAUGAUGCCAAAUUGGUGUGUUCGUCUCAUGGCUGGAUAGCUGUUCUGAACCAGCGCAACCACGGGCUGCUCCUCUGGAACCCCAUCACUCAGGUACGCAUAAACCUCCCAUCCCUCCUCACCUUGCCCGAUCCCCAAAUUAACUGCUGUGGGAUUGUAUCUAAGCUCAUACUCUCCUGCUCCCCCGACAACGACCUAGAUCAAUGCCGUGCCAUGAUGAUUUUUGGGCCCCUUAACAGGCUGGCUUUCUGCCAGCCCGGCCGCAGCACCCACUGGACCCCCAUCGGCCAUUUGUAUUGGAGUAAGAAAUUUUAUUCGGAGGUCCACAACCACGACGACGGCAUGUUUGCCAUGCAGUACACCGAUUGCGUCUAUUCCACCACACACAAACUCUUCUUCUGUUUUGUCAUUUGGAGAUUGGAGUGUUGGGAUCUUCAGGACCUUGAGUGCCCCAGGAUUUGUUGGUCAGAGAUUGUACAUUAUAUGGUUGGGGUUGCUAGUGAGGAAGAGACGAUGGCCCUCUCUUUUACCACUGGGGGAUAUCCAGAUGUGAUGAACCAACAUUUCCUUGUGGUGGCAGAGCAGAUGAAUCAACUUUUUCUCUUGACUCGACAUGUAUGCUUACGGAUGGGCCUUGACGGUACCAAUCGUCCGCCAAUCUACUUUGGUAAGUAUAGGGGUUGGGAUGACAAAUUCCCCCACCAAACCUAUUCUUUCGAUGUUUUUAAAGUUGACUAUAUUUCGGGGGGCGACGGCACUCAGCCCAAGCUUAUUAUGACUAACUUGGAGGGUUCGCUGGAUGGGCUGGCAAUGUUUAUUGGCAAGAACCACUCCUUUGCCAUAUCCACACCAACCAGCCAUGGCCUAGAAAGAGAUUGUAUUUACUUUACUGACACAAAUAUACACCAGCCUCCAGCAGGCUCCAUCUAUGGGGGCCACGAUAUCGGCAUUUAUCAUUGCGCGACCAGAACAUUUUCUGAUUGCUUUUAUCCACGGGACACCAACAAAAUAAAGAAGAUUGUGCCUGCACCCAUGUGGUUUACUCCCAACGACAGCACGCACUAA